AUCGCGCGCGGGCCCUGGGACCCAUGCUGCGCCCGCGCCAGUAACGCGAUCAGCCCCGAACGGCACACACGAUGAUCGCGCACGCGCACGCGCUCGCCGCUGCGCUGUUAUGUGCGCUGGCCGGCCAGCUCGGUGCUGGAGCCAGUCUACACUGCGCUAUGAGAAGAGAAAUUUCACCCUGCACCUGUCGACGCGAGGAAACUGGCACCGGUGCCAUUCUAGUGGUUUGCCAACGAAUUACUGCUUAUGAAGACAUUGCACGAGCUCUCACCAACAAAUUCAGCCCUGAAACGAAGAUUGGCCUGGAUAUCUCCUACUCGCAACUUCCAGACUUUGCGGAUCAUAGCUUCCGAGAACUUGGUCUUUCCAUUACAAGGCUCAAGUUAAACUUCGACAACUUAAGUGAAUUGAAAGAAAGUGUAUUCACGAAGUUGGACCUGGUGGACUACUUCAGCUUGGCAGACAACUUGCUGGCGGACAUGCCGCGGCAUGUUCUGCGUCACCUGCCACACGUUAAAACGCUCGACCUCUGUAGAAACAAAAUUGUAAAACUCACCGAGGAGGAUUUCAAGGACAUACAAGAAGUAGAACAUCUUGUAGUAGCAGAUAAUCAGAUAUCCAAAAUCGAGAAAAACGCGCUACCGAAAGCCCUGAAGCAUGUUCACCUUGGAAUCAAUAAACUGACCUCACUGAAUGGAGCGCUCAGAGACUUGGAUGAUCUGGAAUGGAUAUUCAUCAAUGCAAACAACUUAAAAUCCAUAGAUAAUGAACUUCCAAUCAAAGCAAAGAAAAUUGUCCUCAUUCAUGCUGCUCGCAACGAAUUAGAAAAUUUACCGAAGGAUUUGAGACAAAUGCCUUCUUUAGAAUCUCUUUAUUUUUACGAUAAUCACAUAAAAUCUCUGGACGGAGCCCUGCAAAAGUCGCGACGUUUAAUGAGGAUAGGACUUUCGUUCAACAAAAUUGAAUUUCUUGCAGAAGACGAAUUUGCAGAGGCGGAAGUUCUUGCUGAUUUAGAUAUUGCUUAUAAUCAACUGAAAUCGUUAAACGGCUCUCUUCGCAGUCUAAAAUCCUUACGAUACUUGAAUUUGACAAACAAUCUAUUAACGGAGUUUUCAUUACAAGAAAUCAAAGGACUAAAACGAUUAUCGGUUAUCGAUCUAUCCCAUAACAAAAUCAAUCAUGUUACUGGGAAUAUGGAGAAUCUAGUGGAUGUUGAGACGCGUGUUCUGGAAUUGAGACUCGACCACAACCGUCUUCUCUCCUUGGGAGGAGCAUUGAUGGGUCUACACGGUCUAUUGCGGUUAAAUCUAAGCAACAAUCAACUGCAGCAAAUAUCACCAGAUGACCUUAUCGGUCUGGAGGACUUGAGGUUACUGGACAUAUCUCACAACCACAUCUCAUCAUUAGAAGAAACUUCAAAGACCUUUUUGCCGUCAUUAGAGGAGUUGAUAGCGCAUCACAACAACAUCACUGCGCUAGAUAAGGAUUUCCAUGGACUGCCCUCGCUUUGCCUGGCUGAUCUGUCUUACAAUCAAAUUCAAUCUAUGAACUAUGAUCUCGUAGCAAAGUCACGUUGCACUAUCAAUGGAAUACCCAGUAUUCUGAAGAUAUACCUUCAAGAUAACCCCGUACUGUGUGACGACCGACUUUACGAGUUAAUGACUGUAUUGGAGAGUUUAAAUGCACGCGUUAGCGGCGUAUCAACCUGUGUGGCGCCACAGACCACCGCGCCGGUGCUCAUGCGGGCACUCAACGACAUAGUGCCGCAGGAGGACCCGCCCGUCAUCGUAGUAACGCACGUGGGCAACGGAGUGCGCGUGGUAGAGGGCGAGGCGGUGCCGCCGGGCCCGCAGCUGGCGUACCGCCGCGUCGGCGCGCUCAUCGGGCACCUGAUGCCGGAGCGCGAGGGCGGCCUGCCCGUGCUGGUGGAGCCGCCAGUCACGCUGCCCGCCGCCAGCAGCAACGUAGUCGUCAAGUGGCCGGACGAGCGGCGGCCGGAGGACCACGCGCACCCCCUCGCCGACCACCUGCGGCUACGCGACCUGAACACGUCGCCGCAGUGAGAAUGUUUGUCAUAGGCGCCGCGACGCGCACGCCGACGCCAUCGAACUGAGUGCUUCGCCUUAGAAAAUAUACUGCCUCUAUAGACUAGGGCAGAGUGUCUUAUGAUUCGAUCGGGUGCAUGGAAAACUAUACAAGAUACCUUCCUAUUUGUUUAGGUCUGCGCUGUAAAUAGGAGCGCUUAUUAGGUACAUCAGAUAUGCAUCCUUCAAGAGGUAUUCAUACAGCGUCGAGCGACAUGUAGGUAAUAGAUUAUAUUGUAAUAAAAACAAUUUGAGUGAAUGUGUGGCCGAUGUUUCACUUCAAAAUGUGAUAUACCUAACAUUAAAGUAAUUCUGAAAUUAAUGACCUCAUAUAUUAUCACAGCACUCUUCAAAAUUUCAUAUUUAAAUUAUUGGUGAAACUGUAACUAAAGAUUAUAAUUUAUGUAACAAAAUAUUGUGUAAGUUAAAGAAUAUUUCUAUGUGUUAUAUUAUAUUUAUAUUGUGGAUUAACAUUACUAAUAAAAAUUGUAAGCAGUGCUAACAUAGUCAUUCAUUUGUUUCCAAAUAGAUUGACCUGUUAAAUUAACUUAUGUUUAAAGUUUCUGGACUUUUAUUUAGAUAUAAUUUUAACUUGUAGUUUUCAUGUGUAAUCAUUCAACCGUUAAGUAGAACGUUGUGUUUGUAGCUUUAGAUGCCACUGUAUGGAGAAAAAUAUGGAUGUAGUUGUUGUUUCGAAUAAAUAUUACUUUAUAACGUGUUUUUAAUUUACCAAUAAAAUUCAAUUUGGUAAC